CUUCAAUUUGUGAAGAAACUUCAUGGAGUAACCUAGAGAAACUCAGGUCAGCCACUGGGUAAGGCUAGCAUCAAUCCAGCCAGAAAUUAAAAGCCAAGAAAUGCCUCCUUCUACAAACAAAGAACUGAUUCUUGGCAUCAUGGUAGGUACUGCUGGAAUCAGCUUGCUAGCCUUAUGGUACCACAAGGUCCGUAAACCAAGGACAACAAUGAAUUUCCCUAAAUUUCUUUCCCUGGGUAAGAAAUUUGAUUCACUAACUUUGCAAGAUGAAACACACAGUGAACAAGGAGCACCAGUGGUCUUUCAAAGAAGGCAACUUCAGAUACUAGAAAAGUUGAAUGAAUUAUUGACCAACAUGGAAGAACUUAAGGAGGAAAUCAAACUUCUGAAACAAAGGAUUCCAAAGCUAGAGGAAUAUCUAAAAGAUGAACUUGGAGAGAAGGUUCAUAAAAUCAGUCCUCAGCACAGAGCUAGAAAAAAAAGGCUGACAACAGUUCAAAGUACAGCAACAAGUAAUAGUUCAGAGGAAGCAGAAAGUGAAGGAGGCUGCUGGAAAGAGGACCAGAGCUCCCAACAAAAUUAUCCUGAAGAUCUAGUUACUCCACAACACAAACGUCAUGGAUCCUCUUGUAUUUUACAACCAAAAGUAGCUCUGGGUUUCAUAACAUGUCGUCCUUCUUCAACAUGUAAGAUAAGUAGAAAAUCCUCUUGUUCAUCGAGUGCCUCUAGACACUUAUUUCGCUCUAGAGGAAGACAUGCCUUAUUGACAGGACUUCGAAGGAGAUGGAGACAGCAAAGUAGAGUUAACUUUGAUUCUCAGGAAGACAUAACUUCCAAUGCCACAAGAUCUUCAGGUUUCUUUAGUGCCAUUAGAUUCCGACGAUGUUUUCCCUCCCGCAAGCUAAGUGUAGUUUCCUGUCACAAGAGUAGCAUUGUCUAUGGUGAUCCACAAGGUAGUCUGAACCUGUCUCGUGCAAAGGAAAUUCAAGGCUUUCCUAAAAAGUCAACUAAUACUGAUGCUCAAAAACGUAUAAGCUUCUCUGAUUCCGAACGUGGCAAUAAAUGCUUUCCAAAUUUGGAAACAAACACUAUUUCUCCAGGCCAUUGGACUAUUGAGAGAACAUCUUAUCCACCAAGCCUAACGGCAUCCCGCUUUUCUCUUCCAACUGUUCUUUCUUCUUCCAGUCGAGAGCAUAGCCAACUCCACAAGGAUUCGGAAGAUGCCCUUCAUCACAGGUCUCAGAGACACAGUACAAAUUACUCUCCAGGUGGCACUGAACAACUUCAGUCUCAGAAUAUAACUUCUGCCACAGAUGUCAAUAGCAUAAUUGUUGAAGUUACCUCAGGGCCCUUUGCUGCUUCACCUUCAGAUGAAGAUACACCAUCACCUAUUGAAAUGACUGGAAUAAGGUAUAUUACAGCUAACACAGACACCGAAGAGCAGAGUUUCCCAGUCACUAAGGCUUUUAACACACACAUAGAAGAACUAAAGUUGGAUGUCCUCCUUCAGAAGGUAGACCAUCUACGGAUAAAUGAGUCUGACAAGAUGGAGAGUUUUGAGCUACUUUGUGACCACAAGGAAAAGUUUAGUGAGGAAAUAGAGUUUCUGUGGCGGCUUGCCCGUGCCUAUGGAGACAUGUAUGACCUGUCUACAAAUACUCAAGAAAAGAAACAUUAUGCUAAUAUCGGGAAAACAUUAGGAGAAAGAGCUAUCACAAGGGCACCCAUGAAUGGACACUGCCAUCUGUGGUAUGCAGUUUUGUGUGGUUAUGUAUCUGAGUUUGAAGGCUUGCAAAACAAAAUUAACUGUGGACAUCUAUUCAAGGAGCAUCUAGAUAUAGCCAUCCAGCUCUUACCUGAAGAACCCUUUCUGUAUUACCUCAAGGGAAGAUAUUGUUAUACUGUCUCAAAACUCAGCUGGAUUGAGAAAAAGAUGGCUGCUACUCUGUUUGGGGAAAUACCAUCUUCAACAGUUCAUGAAGCUUUGUAUAACUUCCUUAAGACUGAAGAAUUGCAACCUGGUUAUUCUCUGUCCAACUACAUGUAUGUGGCCAAGUGUUACCUUGAUCUUGACCAAUCUCAAGAUGCUUGGAAAUUCUGUAACUUAGCAUUAUUACUACCUAUUGUUACCAAAGAGGACAGAGAUGCACAUAAAGAGGUGAAAAAAAUAAUCUGUUCUUUGAAGAGUUUCAGGUGGAAAACACACAGGAAGAAUUGUGAAAACAUUGAAAGUGUCAAGUCAAGGAAUGUGGCGAACUACAGAGAUUAGAUAGUGAAAAUAAAAUAUGUAAAACUAUAGUCCUCAAA